AUUCCGAAGACAAUGAUACUCGUAUCAUAAAGACUAACAAUCAACACAGUAUGAUUAAUUAUACACGCUUUAGAAAUUCAUAAACAGCGUUACAUAUUAGUAUGCAUGUGUAUAUAUAUAAAUAUAUAUAUACAGUAAUUAAAGAUGAAGAUACAAAGAAGACCAUAUAUAGAUAGGAAAAACAUAAGCAAAUGAUAAAAAUAAAAAGAGGAAGAGAGAAAGCAACUUUUGGAUGGCCCAUAUCAUGUCAACUCAACAGGUCUAUGAUGGUGAUCCUCCUCUUCCUUCAUCACCCCAUUUUUCUCCUAUUCCUUUAACCUGAACUUCCCCAAUUUUUUUUUUUUCUUGCCUUAACUUUGAUCAAUCCAAAAAAAAAAAACAAGUUCUUCCCUCAUUUGAGAAAAAAAAAAAUCCAAUCUUUCAUCUGGGAUUUUUCCCAUAUGGCAGAAGGAUCAUCAUCAAGCUCAAGAUCCUCACUUGGUGGUGAUCAUCAAUCAUCAUCAUCACCAAAUACUCCAAGCAGGUAUGAAUCCCAAAAGAGAAGGGAUUGGAACACAUUUGGGCAAUACUUGAAGAACCAAAGGCCACCAGUUCCACUCUCCCAAUGCAACAGCAACCAUGUCCUUGAGUUUCUUCGCUACCUUGACCAGUUCGGAAAGACUAAGGUUCAUCUCCAAGGUUGCAUCUUUUAUGGUCAACCUGAGCCGCCGGCUCCUUGUACUUGUCCACUCAGACAGGCUUGGGGAAGCCUUGAUGCCCUCAUCGGACGGCUUCGAGCCGCCUACGAGGAGAACGGCGGCUCGCCGGAGAACAACCCUUUUGCUAGUGGUGCAAUAAGAGUUUACCUGAGGGAAGUGAAGGAGUGCCAAGCUAAGGCAAGAGGGAUUCCUUACAAGAAGAAAAAGAAGAGUUCCAUUGGUGGUGGAGGUUCUAGCAGAGGUGGAGGAGAUGAUGAAUCAACUUCUUCGCUGCCAUAUUCCUAAAUUUCGGAUCAAAUGUUAUUAUCUCAUCAGCAAUCAUUAAAAUGGCAUCAAGGGAAAUCUGAUGACGGUUGCGGGUUUUCUUUACUCAAAAGACUUGACUACCAAUUUCAUCAGUUGCCCUUUUGUAGAAAUCCAAAGGAAUUAAAAAAAAUUACCAACAUCCAUCUUAAAUCUCUCUUACUCCCAUCGUCCCAAAAAUAAUACACAGUACCACAAAUAUAGCUUUCAUUUGGACGGAGUGCGAGUAUAAAAUAGAAUAAUAAAUGCAAAAAAAAAAAGAAGCAUAUAUUGCUAGAGGUCUGAAAAUAUAAAGAUGGUACAAAUCAGUUUUGUAAUCUUGAGGGCAUCCAAUGAAAAUUGAGAAGAGUACUUUAGGCGAGAAUUAGAAGAGAUUUUUGUCAAUUAUAUUUACAUUUUUCUUAGGGAAUCAGAGUCAGACCUUUUCAGUACUAAUUUUAUAUGGCUAUUUGAUCAUAGACACUAUUAUAAUAUUAGAUUUAGCAGAUUUCUGGAUAUCUUUAAUCCAGACUAUGUACUGCUACGUUCUCCAUUUGAGACUAAGUACUUUCAUCAACUUGGGAUUUUUAUUUUUAUUUUUUUUCCAAUUUUUUAGUUGAAUUCCCAGGUAAAUUGAGUUCUCAACUGCUGGAUUAGCUGGCCAGUUUCACCAAUUUCUUUCGUAAUUAGCCGUGAUUUUGUAUAAAUUUCUAGGAGUAGACAUGUUUGGAAGAUUUUGUUAACCACCAAAUACGUAUCUUAAUUUCUUGUUAAUUUUCCAACAGCAACACUUCCACCCACUGGAAUAACUAUAUAUAAUUAAACAAGUUCACAUUUCAUCCGUUUUAGAAAAAUAAUUUACUUUAUUACAUCAGAACAGUUCAAAAUAGUCAACUAUUUUUCUCCCAAGAACAUACUAUUGGCAAGAGUGCUCCUAACCAUCAAAUAUGUCAGACCUUACCUCUUGUUAAGUCAUUGCACAAUAUUGAUCUUAGAAAUCAAUUAAAAUUAAUUGUCCUCUUCCGUCAUUAAAAAAAUUAGUUCACUUUGUAACUGAGGGUACUAAUUUGUUACUAAUUAAGCUAUAGUUGGUUUCAUUUAUUGUAGGCAGCUGGGAUCGCCAUCUUGGCUUUGAUGAGAGUGCUGGGAUGGACUAGUCCAAAUUAAGAGCACAACUACGUAUUGAGCUCUUUUUUAGUCGACAUUUAAUAUUCAUUAUCUUCAUUUUAAGUAAUAUGCGAUGCGUAAUUAGUUUAAUUUUCGUCUCUUCUGGCCUGAUGAUUUCCAAUAACUGAUUCAGUAUUGCUUUUGCUCUGCUGACCAAGGCCCCUAUUUUUAUUUUCCUCUUUUCUCUUUGUGCUUUUUGGCUUUUUGAGAAAUAUUCAAAAUCUUGUAAUGAGGUUUCUAAAUUAGUUGUAUAUGUAAGGAAUUUCAUGUUUAUAAGUAUUGCCAUAGUUCCUUGUAUUAUUUGCCUUAUAAUGCCCCUUUCUUCCCAAGUACUUUCCCAAUCCAAUAUUAGUAGAGAAGCAUUGUCAUUAUCUAAUUAAUUAUUCUUUUUGUCUUAAAAUAAUUGUUUUUAUGUUAUUUUUAGAAUAAUGAGCAUGUUAAUCGUUUUGUCACAGUGGAGGAAUUGAGUUAAUUGUUAUAUUCAUUUGAUAGUCGGUACUAUAGCCUAUAGGACUGAUUGAAAUAUUUGAUUUAGGGGUGACACAUACUACAUGUUAUUAAAAGAUUUGAUUUAGCAAAUUUUGAUAGGACUUGUUCAUAGAAGAAAUGGAGAUCAU